AUGGCGGGCCAAGUUAUGGCUGACGCUGUUCAUUCGCUUCUUCGGAGAGCUGCGGAUUAUGAUAUCGAUCCCGAUGAUGGAGAUGCGCCAGAAGCCGGCACCAAGGAGUUCUUCAGCUCCUGGGCGCUGUUCAUAAUGAUUACCUUGCUGAUGCUUGCUCUUUUCACGAGUUACAUCCUGCAGCAGCGGAAGAUCGAGGCAGUCCACGAAACAGUUCUGUCUAUCUUUGGGGGUAUGUUCGUCGGAUUGAUCAUUCGACUGACCGACUCACCCAUUACAAACUUCGUUGCCUUCGACUACCAAUUCUUCUUCAAUCUACUCCUUCCGCCAAUUAUCCUAGCCUCAGGAUACGAAUUACACCAAGCGAAUUUCUUCCGGAACAUCGGGACAAUUCUUACCUUUGCGUUUGCGGGAACCUUUAUCUCGGCUCUUGUUCUUGGGCUAGUCUUGUUCGCCUGGACAAGAAUUCCGUUAGAUGGGUUCAGUAUCAGCUUUGUCGAGGCCAUUUCCGUGGGUGCUACGUUGUCUGCAACUGACCCGGUGACCAUCCUCGCCAUCUUCAACCUCUACAAGGUGGAGCCGAAGCUAUACACCGUCAUCUUUGGCGAGUCGAUAUUGAAUGAUGCCAUUGCAAUCGUCCUGUUCGAGACAGCGCAGAAGUACGCCGAGAGUGACGCAGGUUCUUUAUCCAUCCUCAAUCUAUUCGAGGCUAUUGGUCUGUUCCUGCUGGUCUUUUUUGGUAGUAUGCUGGUGGGCGUAAUUGUAGGGAUUAUGACGGCCCUAGGUCUUAAAUACACUCAUGUCCGUCGCCAGCCCAAGAUCGAGAGUUGCUUGAUUGUACUCAUAGCGUACGCGAGCUACUUCUUUUCCAACGGCGUCCUGCUAUCAGUCUCAGGAAUCGUGUCGCUCUUAUUCUGCGGUAUCACUUUGAAGCAUUAUGCUUACUACAAUAUGUCUCGUCGGACACAGUUGACUACCAAGUAUCUCUUCCAGGUCAUGGCGCAACUGUCAGAGAAUUUUAUCUUCAUCUACCUGGGGCUCGAUCUGCUUGUUCAAAGAGAUGUGCAGUUUAAACCCCUCUUCAUUCUGGUUGCCGUCGUCGGUAUCUGUCUCGCCCGAUAUCUGGCGGUGUUUCCCCUGUCGAAAGCCAUCAACUGGUUUAUACGGUAUAGGGCACGUCGACGGGGAGUGGAAGUGGCUGAUGAGUUGCCGUUCGCUUACCAAGCAAUGCUCUUCUGGGCCGGACUUCGUGGUGCUGUCGGUGUAGCACUCGCAGCGGGCCUGAAGGGUGCGAAUGGACCGGCCUUACGUGCCACUGUCCUUGUCGUCGUGGUCAUCACUGUCAUCAUCUUUGGAGGCACCACGGCGCGCAUGCUAGAGAUCCUUGGCAUUCGGACAGGCGUUGUUGAAGAACUCGAGUCUGAUGAUGAGUUUGAUAUCGAAGUCUCUAAUGGAGGCACUUACUAUAAGCGUUCCGAUACCGGAUUGGGAUACACACCCCGUCGUGCAGACAAUAUUCCGCUCGACGGAGUGUCGCGGAGGGAUCUCGACCGGAACAACAGUUAUUCGAGUGGCAACAGCCGCCGCCCUAGUCCUCCCUCAUCAUCGCGCCCGAGUAGAGGACAUUCUCGAAUGUACUCAGAUGCAUUCGGCCCAAAAGACACUCAAACACCGCGCGACCGUUCAACAACCGCUACUCUGCUCGGCAACCGCCCUGGAAGUCGCAGCGACAGCGAGGACGGUAGUGAGAAUGAGUAUGGCUUGAAGUCCUCUGGAAAGCGCCGAGCAUUGGAUCACGAUCACCCCGACGCCUUUGAACUCGACAUUGACGAUAUACAUUCCGAUGACGACCUGCCUCCGGCUGCCCCAACGCGAAUGCGCCGAUCACCGUCUCAACCUCCGCAGCAGUCAUCGUCAUCCCAAGCUCCACAAGACAGUGUGUCUCCGUCGCGGCGCGAAGCGGGGAGGAGUGCACGAGAGGCGAUCCGAGAUUUAUUCUCUGGCGGACCCUCCGGGGAUCACGUCGCUUGGUUCCGCCAGCUGGACGAAGAUUAUAUCAAGCCCCGUCUCCUCCUGGACCAGUCGAACCACAAGGGCCCUGGCGCUGUCUAGAUAUAGGCCUUAUGUAUACUUAUGAAUUUCUCCUUGUUUCUGCUUGUCACCGACAUUGCUUUACUUCUUCGAGCUAAUGGUAGUUAUAUCUGUAUUCUCGAUGGUUUUACCUGCGCAUUCAGACCGGUUCUAGUCUGAAAGCCGUAGGUGAUAGGUACUGUAACUGUACGAAUAGAGUAGAAAGACUGAAGAUAACGCUGCUUUCAGAGUGGGGAAGAAUAUAUGGCGAUAAGCAGGCUUCUUGUUCAAGCAAUCU